AUGUGGCUCUUUUUUGAACCUGGUCUCUCCCCAGGUGAGAUCAUUGGAGGCUGGGAAGCCAAGCCCCACUCCAGAUCCUACAUGGCCCAUCUGGCUAUACAAUGCAAAGAGAAAACCUAUAUCUGCGGAGGAUUCCUGGUGUCGGAGAAGUUCGUGCUGAUGGCCGCUCACUGCUAUGGAGACAAGAUCACUGUGUACCUGGGAGCCCAUAACAUUAAACAACAGGAACAGAGUCAACAGAAAAUCCCUGUGCGCUCUCGGAUCCCCCAUCCGAAAUACAACAGAAAGACCCAUAAAAAUGACAUCAUGUUGCUGCAGCUGGAGCACAAGGCAGAGCUCAAUGAACAGGUGGGGCUCAUCCUUCUCCCCCUGGCUCAUCAGCGAGUGCAACCAGGGACCGUGUGCAGCGUCGCCGGCUGGGGCCGCACAGACGCACUCAGUAAGGUGCUCCCCGAUACGCUCCAGGAGGUGGAUUUGAAGGUGCUGGACAAUGAGGCCUGUCUGAAGUAUCCUGGUGGGAUGUAUCGUAACUAUAACACCCGCACGAUGAUGUGUGUGGGGGACCCAAAGGAGCACAAAGCCUCUUUCCGGGGUGACUCUGGGGGCCCCCUGGUGUGUGGGAAAACAGCCCAGAGCGUCGUCACUUGGGGGCCUGACAAUGGGAGCCCCCCAAGGGUCUAUGCAAAAGUCUCCACUUUCAUCCCCUGGAUACAGGCAAUGAUGAGGAGGCUGCAGCCCUGAGCCAAGCCGGGAAUAGAUGUAGGGGCUGGAGCUGCGCUGCUUCUGUCCUUUGGAGAUGCCCAGAGGUAGGGCCUGCUU